AUGGAUGACUCCAACGCCGAAGAAAUUUCUGACACAGGGGGCGAGCAAACAUUCGACACAGGGAGCGAGGAAACAUCUGAAACAGGGAGCGAGCAAAUAUCUGACACAGAGGGCGAGCAAACAUCUGACUCGAGCAGCGAAGGCGAAGACCCACUCGAGCGUCUAAUUAAGGAGCUUCAGCAAGAAGAGGAUGUGGUCAUUCAGGGGUUUAAUGGCCUCUUCAACAAAUGUAAAGCAUGCGUAGACCAUGAACCCAUGCGCGCUCAUCCAACCUUCAAUCGAGAAACACCUUACAUCGACCAGAUGAAAUUGAUAUCGAAUUGUUUGCACUCCAGCAUUCUGCCUGAACUCCGAGACCAAUUCAAAGCUAUCUUGCCAUUUCUAGAGCCUUCCGAAAUCCACACAGAACCCGGCUCCCGAUGUAAACUCAUUUUGGAAAUUCAAUCGCAACUUGACCAGACUGUGGAUCAAACCAUAUCUGCGUACAAUUCUCUUUUCUCUGAAGGAGUGAUUCCGCCGGACCAAACAAAUGACCAGCUCCUCAAAGAAACCAAAAACUAUAGACUUUUCGGCCUACAUCUUGGUAUAAAAGCAUUACUGUCGAACCUUGGCUAUUGCUUUCACCAGUCCUCCAUGCUUCUUGCCGAAUCAGAGGCACAGCGAACUUCAAGAAUGGACGACACAAAUGCCGAUAAAAUUUCUGACACAGGAAGCGACCACGCAUCUGACGCGGGGAGCGAGCGAACAACUGACUCAAGCAGCGAAGGCGAAGACCAACUCGAGCGUCUAAUAAGAGAGCUUCAAGAAGAAGAUGAUGUGGUCAUUCAGGGAUUCAGUGGUCUCUUCAAUAAAUGUAAAGCAUUCGAAGACCAUGAACCCAUGCGCGCUCAUCCCACAUUCAAUCAAGAAUCACCUUACAUCGACCAGAUGAAAUUUAUAUCCAAUAAUUUAUACUCAAGCGUCCUACCUCAACUAGAAGAGCAAUUCAAGGCUAUCUUCACAUUGCUGGACCCAUCCGAAAACCGCAGAAAACCAGGCUCCCAACGCAAACAAAUUUUGGAAAUUCAAUCGCGACUUGACCAUACUGUGGAUCAAACCAUAUCUGCGCACAAUUCUCUUUUCUCUAAAGGAGUGAUUUCACCGGACCAAACGAAUGACCACCUCCUCAAAGAAACCAAAAACUAUAGACUCUACGGCAUACAUAGUUUGAUCAAAAGAUUACUGUCGAAUCUUGGUUAUAGUUUUUGCGCAUCCUCUGUGCUUCUUAUUGAAUUAGGUUUCUCGAUAACAAGGAGUAUUACCUGCUCGGGAUCGACCAGAGAAUCCCUCCUCGUGGCAACAUCUCAGUGCGAAAAAUUAUUCAAGACGGUCCCCGUGUGGUUAAAAGGUUCCGAAUGGGAUACUCUUCCAGACAAUUGGCGAUAUUGGGCGCAUACUGCAUCACUUGAUAACCGGCUACGUUCCAUUGGCUCGGAUAUACCACCCCUCCACGAACGAAACAUCUCGCUCGUUACGCUAUUGAUAACAAUCUCGAAGCUAUCAAAAAUAUUUCUUUGCAAAAUAUCAAAAAUCGGAACGAGCGAUCUGCCGCUCCCACAUUUUACGGAGAUGUCUACCCAUCAGCUUCAAGAGUUAUAUCAUUUGGCCCCACGCGCGCACGUUAAUCUUGUUUCUCUUGCCCUUAUGUUGACUGAAGAUCAGUUGAAUGAAGCGUUAACCAAACAGUUUGUUGCAAAGAUUCAAGUGCUGCUAUCUUAUUUUCAAUCCGCUUCGCUUGAUAUAGCUUUUUACGUCAUUCCUCUGAUCCCAGACAAAGAUGACUUUCGAGUUCAGAACGAGUACAAAGCUUUUCUUGCCACUUGGAAUUCUCUGUGGCUGACAGCUAUUCAAAACGCCAUAAAACUUGCUCGCUCAACCUCAAUCAAUGCUGCAUAG